AUGCUGGCGAAAGCAGGGAGAGAGAUUUCAAAAGGGAAGCUCAAACCCUUGUUUGCUUUUCCUCUAUUCCCCUUCAGAUCUUCAAUAGGAACUGAAACAAUCACUUCGAAUCUUCCGUUUCUCAAUCGCCAUCACUCCAACAACAGAUCGAAAUCGCCAUUUCUCCUUCUCCCUUCUCGUUCCUAUUCUUCUUCUAAUGUUCCGCCGCUAACCCGAGAUGGUAACCACGAUGAUGCCUCUUCCGUCACCAUCUCCGUUUGCCUAGGCUGUGGAGGUCAUAUGCAGAACUCGAACCCGAAACAUCCAGGUUUCUUCAUCCGGCCAUCGAUCGAGAAACAGAAGAGGGAUUCGAUUCUCGAAUCGAACCUUCAUCUCUUAACCAUCUCUCAAGGGCCCGAAGUUAUCGAUUCGAUCAAACGAGAGGUUAUCGUCGAACCAAAUAGCGAUAGCGCUGACCUAAACCCUAAAGAUGACGAAACGGAGAAGGAAUCUUCCGAUGGAAGACCGUUAGUGUGCGCGAGGUGCCAUUCACUCAGGCGCUACGGGAAAGUGAAGGAUCCGACGGUGGAUAAUCUGCUUCCGGAUUUCGAUUUCGAUCAUACGGUGGGAAGACGACUGGGCUCAGCUUCCGGUGCUCGAACCGUCGUGCUAAUGGUCGUCGACGCUUCAGAUUUCGACGGAUCUUUCCCGAAGCUCGUGUCGAGAACAAUCGACGAGAACGACAGAGCGUGGAAAGAAGGGAAAUCAGGAAACGUCCCUAGAGUCGUUGUCGUAGUGACUAAGAUGGAUUUGUUGCCGAGCUCGUUAUCUCCGACGAGGUUUGAGCAGUGGGUUAGACAGAGAGCUCGUGAAGAAGGGUUAAGCGAGACCACGAAGCUGCAUUUCGUUAGCCCUGUGAAGAAUUGGGGAAUCAAGGAUUUGGUUGAGGACGUAGCGGCUAUGGCCGGAAAGAGAGGACAAGUCUGGGCUGUUGGGUCACAGAACGCCGGGAAAAGCACUCUGAUCAACGCCGUGAGGAAGGUGUUCGGCGGGAAAGUCUGGCAUUUGACGGAGGCUCCGGUGCCGGGAACUACAUUGCCUUUUGAAGCGAAGCUGUUUGAUACUCCAGGAUUGUGGAAUCCUCAUCAGAUCACAGCGAGGCUCACUAGAGAAGAGCAGAGACUUGCUCAUAUCAGCAGGGAAGCCUCGGACUUACAGGAUCAAGGAAGGCUAUACGGUUCAUAUUGGUGGGCUAAUGAGACUUGA